ACCCGCUCAGCUGAUGCACCAAAACAAACCGAUUUCAUCCUCGCCGCCUGUUGCCCUGACCUCUCCUGCUUUGCUUGCCAUAAGUAUGACCACCAGAAGGCAUGUCAGAUUCCAAAAUGAACAAACUUAAGCUUCAGAGUCACCAGAAGAAUUACAGGGAGGAAGACCUGUUGGUAAAUGUGAAAGACCUUGGACCAGAUGUUAAAGAGAAUGAUGUGGUUGAGAUCUACCACCCAGAAGAUGAUUUGCCACGGCUGCUUCUUCAGAUUCCAUCCACCAAAGAUGAUGUUACUGUACAGAAAGAUACCAUAAGCAUAGAGCAGAGUAUUGCCUCAACCUUUCAACUGAGAAUCUACAAAGAUGUAAUAGUUAACAAAGUUGAUCCAAAGGCAGUGGCCUUAGAGCUGGUGGAACUCACAUUCAAAGACCAGUAUCUUGGCCGCUCGGAGAUGUGGAGAAUCAAAAAGAAUCUUGUAGACUCAGUUAUGUAUAUUAACAAGAAAUUAGAAUUCUGUGCCGGGAGCAUACGAUGCCAAGUUUACGAGAUGUGGGCCCAAGGAGAGAAGGUUGCUUGUGGGGUUGUUACUGAUGAUACUAAGAUUGUUUACCGAUCUUCUACGAGCAUGGUAUACUUGUUCAUUCAGAUGAGCUCAGAGAUGUGGGAUUUUGAUAUAUAUGGAGACCUGUACUUUGAGAAAGCAGUAAAUGGCUUCCUGUCUGAACUCUUUGCAAAAUGGAAGAAGGAAGGAAGUAAUCAUGAUGUGACCAUUGUGCUAUUUUCCCGCACAUAUUACAAAGCCAGUAGCAUAGAUGAAUUCCCCGCCUGUAUGAGAGAGUGUUUGCAGGAGGAUUACAAAGGCAGAUUUUACGAAGAUUUUUACAGAGUUGCUGUGCAAAAUGAGAGAUAUGAUGACUGGUCUCCCAUAUUGACUCACCUGCGGCAGUUGUUUAACAGCUACCUAACAAAAGUUCUAGAUCACCACCGCCAGCAAGAUAUCUUUGUUCCAGAGGCUACGAAUUCAUGUGCUUCUCAGGGGAAUUUCCUAGAAGUGCUGAAUAUAUCACUUAAUGUUUUUGACAAGCAUUACCUUGAUAGAAGUUUUGAUCGCACCGGUCAGAUGUCAGUGGUAAUAACUCCUGGAGUUGGCGUUUUUGAGGUUGACCGCGAAUUAACCAACAUUACAAAGCAGCGCAUCAUUGACAAUGGUGUUGGGUCAGAUUUAGUAUGUGUUGGAGAACAACCUUUACAUGCUGUCCCACUUCUGAAGUUUCACAACAAGAAAGGAAGUAUCAAUGCUGAUGACUACAGUAUGCCACACACAUGGAUCAACUUGAGUUUUUACUCAACCAACAAGAAAGUGGGAUAUGGUACCUUCGUUCCUCGCAUCAAGCUCCCUCCUGAGCGGCCCAGAAUGGCGAAGAAAGAGAAGAUGGAUGUAUUCAAUAAGCAACAUAUACAGCACACGGCAUUGCCAAACUCUAUUUUUGAUUAUGAUGCCUACGAUGCACAAGUCUUUAAAUUGCCAACAAACCAGAACAACAAAACUUACCGUAGUCUUCAGCGAACAGCAGCAAGGAAAAAAAAUAAUAGUCAGUCAGCCUCCAUGCAGCCAUUAACAAGAAUAAGCUUGCAGAGAAAGCUGUCAGACCCAGAUCUCUAUCACAGUGUGGAACAGAUAUCAGGUUCUAUGGUAGCCUUAGGGAGUUCUGUAAGCUCAGUGUUUGACAAGUCUCCAGCCAUCAACAUUCCUGCAAGAAUAACAGAGAAUAAAACAUAUUCACAGUCAUUUGGAGCUCUGAAUGUGGAGGCAAUUCCAGGAGUGAAUAGACCACGCACACAGACACUGUACGAAGGAGAGGAACUGUCUCCACCCCAGUCAGUAAGAGUUGGAUCUAGUGCCGGGGCUUCUCCAAGUGAGCCUUCGCAGGCAUUUACUCAGACAAAGCCAACCAUAGUGCACCGUCCUGGGAGGUCACUAAUUAAUCCAUUUGACCCUUCACAUGUGACAAUUAAGUUGACUUCAAAUCGCAGGAGAUGGAUUCACAUUUUUCCGAAAGAUCCAACUGGAGUACUGAUACAGCAACAUCACUAUCAAGCGUCAAAGGACUGUUCCAAAGAAAAUGAGACUUCCUCAUCGCUGACCCCUCCUGAGGCGGAGCUCAGUCAGGUGUCUGGCCCUCUCUCUUCCACACCCACCUCGUCAGGGUUGGGGACUCCAAGUCGGCCUAAAACCAUUACGGCACAACUGAGUCAGGAGAGUAUUAGCAAUGGCCGUCGAGAUAAUAGAAACCGCACAUCAUCCCUUGCAGGUUCUGUUACCUCUGUUGACUUAUCAGUCCGUGGUGCAGCAACACCACAGAAGACAAAUACCACUAUUAGGACCAUGCCUGGAGGUACCAUGGGGAAGGACAAGCACCAUGCCACAUUACUAUGGGGAGCCACAGGAGAGCAAGAAUGGACUGCUGGUCUCACUACUGGUGUUGACUGGAAGAGUUUGUGUCUGCCAGCAUGUCUCCCCGUCACAACAGAUUAUUUCCCAGAGGAUCGUUCUUUGCACAACGACUAUGUGGUGGCAGAUUACAACCUCCUCCCAGAAGACAUGAAUGAGCAUGCAAGAGGUCGUAAGACUUUAGAUACAACACAAGUGUUUUUGGAACUUGUAUCACAGAGGCUUGCUCAGGGAUUCCAGAUGAUUGUUAGACCUGUCAAGAGCCACUCUCAAGCUGCAGUAGCUAUAGGAAAUAGUCCUCGCUAUGCUGGAGUUGGGUCUCUCAUGAGGACAAGGUCACGCACAGAGGAAACUUCACAAGAAUAUAGGCUGUCUAUUGGACGAAUGUUCCACAAAAUAAGACUUUGUGGGUCAACAAUAACAGUUACAAUAUAUCGCCCAAGACAUCCCUAUCCACAGCUAAAACGUCAAUACAAGUACAGAUUCCAGGCUCCUGAUAUGAGUAGCUAUGAAGUAUCAUGGGUGGAGUUUCGCACAGAGAGGCUAGAAACUUACAUGUGGAAUCACCUAGACAAUUACAUUUGCUUCCGUGGAGAGUCACCUGAUUAUCCUUUAAUAGAACCUCUCAAAUUUUGGCGUUUUCGAGUGUUGUUGGUUCCAGAUUGCUACAGGUUGUCAACAAAGACAAUCAUGGAUUCUCCAACAGGGACUCAUUCAGAUAUUUACAAUGCUUUAACUCUUAAAGAACAGCAGACAACCAUUGAAGGAUUCCUGAGAUUUCUAGAAAUAACUGUGCAUCGCCUGAAGAGACCAGUUAGUGCUCGUAAAAGCAGAAAGGCAGGAGGGGGAGGGAAGGUAGUUGGGGUGUAUGGGGGUGGUGGGAGGAGACACAGCCUCGGCCCCUACUUGUCUUGCUUAUCCUCCACCACUCCCUUCACCCCGAGCUCCACCACUGCCACCAGUACAUCUACUGCAAAUACUACUGCUGUAAUAGCAGGUGGAAGUGGGCAGUGUGCUGUUGCUUUCCGAGAGAGAUUAGGGAGUAACAGAGUGCUAGAAAGGCCCAGACCACGUUCAGGAGGGAAAACAUCGGAACGCUUACACAUGGAAAGUGGAAAUCGCGAGAUGCAUUCCGAUGCGCCAGAAAUGAAGUCCCUUUUAGAGCCAGAAGAAGAAAAUAAAGAGGAAGGAGAAAACAAGAAGGUAAACCUGAGUUCACCCUUAACGGAAAUUGUCGAAAUGAUGAGAGAUCCUGUGAAGGGUGUAGGACUACUAAAUAGACAGGCAGGCUUACCAGCUCUGACCUUUAUAGCAGCUGAUGCCACAACAUGGGUCUGUGAGCACGUAGAAGGAGCAAGCACUGAAGUCGUGGCUGUAGACUUAUUACAGAAAAUACUCAAGAAAGAAUUAAUAUGUCAUGCGUCUGGAGAUCGACAGCAUCCCUUUGUGCAUGGCUUCUUCCUUUACUUCUUUGUAACAGGAAACAAAGAACAAGACCAAGUAUUAUGUGAUACAUCUACAUACUCAACCGAAUGGCAUGAGGUUGAGGUUGAGCCCCUGAGUACAAAGCCUGGUGGAGCUCAGUCAGGCCCUAGAUCAAGCUCGCCCUGCCCUACUUUUCUGCAGCCAGAUCUCCCUACUUACAUCCCAUGGAAGGGAAGAUAUAGUUUAUACAGGAUUGGGCUGUUGGACAUUGAUAUCAACAACCGCAGUGACAGAAUUGAGUGGGGUCACCUCAAACACCAUUCACUCUUCUCACCACUUCAGGCCUUCGAGCUCAUUACACAGUGGCUGUGCGCAACAGGAUCUGUCGUUGCAGACUUGAUGAUGAGUUGGCAACGUAAGGCCCUGCCAUGUGGCCUUCACCUCUUUCCUGUGCCAAGUGAUCCAUUUGCCUUGCCAUAUUCCUACAUAUCUGAUCCUCUACGUGGCCCUAUACUGAUACCUCUGAAUGUGGCAUGCCUUAGUAGUUCAGGAGAACCAUUUGCACAGUUUACCUCCAGUACUUGGGGAAGACGAAUGCAUUUGUUUCAGGAGGCAAUACUGGAGAGAUUUGGGUUUGUUCCCUAUGUAACAGAAGCUCACAGCUCAGAACAAAACCAGUACGUGCAUGUGACAGGGAACAUGUUUAUUAUGAUUCACUCACCAGGCACAGGAGUUCAUUCGCACCUUCCUUACCCUCCUGAAGUCUCAAGGGGAAGAAUGUCAACUACUCCCGUCACCCCAACCACCUUUCCUCAGGCUGACUACCACUAUGGCGUCUCCAGCCCACAUGUGGAGUAUUUUCAUCGUUUGAUUGCUGACUUGUAUUCCCGUGAAAUCAGCGAAAAACAGCCUGGAUUUUUGUGGUCCUUCAACUACAUGCUCACGAGACGGUGGAAGUCCGUUGUCUCAGGUGAUGAAAUAUUAGGGGAGAAGAUGCUGCACGACUUUAGGCAGUUUUGUACGAAUCAUCAUGGUCGGCUGCGAGAUUUCUGGGACUCUCACCUUCCCCAGUUAUCACCUGUGUUGCCAGCUGACGAACUUACUGGAGAGUCUUGAGCUGUUUAUGGGGAACAUUUUUUUAGCAAAGUCCUUUGAGUGAUACCCAAGUAUUUAUGUGGAAAGUGCAUAAGUCAUUGUACUUGGAAUUUAUCUGAAGCUGCCUUUAUUAAUUUCUUGUUGUUAUUAAAAAGGUGGAACUAUUGCAGUAUACAAUAUAAAAUACUUAUUUUUCAUAUUUUCAGUAAAUUGUGCAUAUAAGUGAGUGUAUGUGUGUGUGUGUGUUUGUGUGCAUGUGUGAUUGCAUGCUGCAUGAAUGUUAUCUAAAAUAGAUGUAUUUUGUUUAAUAAAAAAAGAAGUUAAAAUAGCUGCAUUUAUUUUAUUUUUUGUUUUUGAUUUUGUUUGUUUUUUGGUGCUGAAAAGUUGUUAUUACAUCAAACCCAGUUAGUGCUGACAUGCACAAUUUGAAUAAAAUACCAUUUAUUCAGUACAAUUUAUUUCAUUGCAAUUAUGUUGUUUAAUUAAUAUAAAGAUUUGUAAACAUAAGUCUUAUAUUGAGAGGAAGGUGAUUUAAUUUGCUGUUUUUUAAAACAUGAUGUUACAGUAUUUUCCAAAGGAUUAUUAUCAGAAGCAGUUUUCUCUCUAUAGGUGAGCAGACAUUUAUGUAUAUAUAAACCAGAAUUGCACUUUGUUGUCCUUUCCUAAACUCAGUGUUAUACGAGUUAAAAGGGUUGGUGAUGUAAAUUGUGUAUAUAUGAAGAGCCUUCAAAACUGUUGUUAUGAAAUAACCUUGUACAACUUCAUCCAGAGUGAGUCUAACAUUAGGAUCUCAGGUACCUUUUAUAUUGUGAUUGAGAUUUUGAUGGCAUGCUUCAUUGGGAAGUCAAUAAAAAAAUUGAAGAUAAACAUC